UAGUCUCGUGCGGUUUUAGUCAGAAUCAGAACAGAAUCAGAAUGUUGGCUUCGUUUUCGUUUUGGUGGAUGUAUGAUUUGCGAGUUUAAAGCUACAAAAAAUUUUGUUCCACAACUAGAGCAGCGCCUAUUUCGUACCAAUGUGGCCAUUUCCUGAAGGGCACACGUGCAGGGUGUGCAAGAGAGUGCUCUGCAGUGUGAGAGGACGCGAACAGCACGAAAGGGAGGCUCACCCUCCGACAGUCACUUGCCCAAUCUGCCUAGUUAAGCAUUAUGAUGAGAUGGAAGUCCUCAACCACCUUGAGACGCACCUACCCCUGAUUUGCGGCCACCCUCGGUGUGGCUACUUUAUCAGUACUAAGAUGGAGCUUCUCCAACACAGAGCCUUUGAAAAUCUACAAAAUAUUACUGCAAUGAGUUCAAUGUCUAUGCCUGUGCAGCCGAGUACCUCAUCUGCCAAAACUGAGCCAGCUGCGAGGGCUCCUGCAAGUCCAAGGCCAUUAAUCCACUUUGAAAAGUCUCCUAUGUGCACACCAAAGAGGAGAUACCCCAUGGAAUCUCCUAUUCUCAUGCCUCAAAUCGCAGGCGCUCACAACUUGAUCGCCCCAAAAACUCCAGUGGCCAGAGUCGCCGCACAGAGCAGCACGUCCUUAACCCCAGCGCUGAGCUCUCUCCGACUGAUGUCCCCCGCAAGCCCUCACUACCGCAGUUGCAUUGAUGAGGAUGAACUGAUGGUCUCUGCAUUAGAUUCCUCACCUUUGAAUUUCCAUUCUCCAAAUUGUCACUAACAGAGUUUUUUUAUUGCGUGUGAUUGAAAUUCAAUUCUCCAUAAAUCCAAAUAGCUUGAAAAGCCAAUUUAUUAAAAUAUCACAACCAAAUGAUAAAAAUAUAUAUAAAGAAGAAUCACAUUAAACACAUCUUACUGGAAUGAAAUUCAUCUCUCUCGACAAUCGCGUGUGUGGAAAACCUGGAUCUAAGAAUCCAACAGCUUGACCUAUAUCAUAGUGCCAAAUUAAGGAGGAAUGAAAGGAUUAAAAAUAGAGCAGAUAUUCCUAGGGGAAAAAUUCAACUUUUGUAUCACUAAUAAUUGACUCGUAAGCUGCCGGUACAAAUUGUUUCUCAUGGAAUGGUUUUUCCACCUUCCAAUUCCGCUAACAUUGUCCACGUAAUUAAGAAUACAUUGAACUGUUCACAACCAUCAAUAUACAAUCAAAGUUUUACUAAAAAAUACAGCAGUAAAAACGUAAAAUAUUGCAAUCUCGCACGUGAGUAUUUAGGAAUGUAUUGCAUACGACAUUAAAAAAUGGAAGCAUUUCGAUUUGUUACAUCGCUUACGUAAGUAAUGGCACGGCUGACUUUCAGGGACUUGGACAGCUAUGUUAUUUUUGUCAUGGUUUGGUCAGAGACACGUUUUGGCUGUCUCUAAUCACUGCGAUGCUUCACAAAAACUGAAUUGGGUAAAAAAUAGGUUGUCCUUAACUAGAAAUCGUCAUGGAAACUCUUGGCGGCGUUGAUCAUUUUGCUUGAAAGGAACAGGUCGAUUUUGUUGAGAACCUCUGGUAGGGACAGGUAACCGUCCUUGUUCACGUCUGCCAACAUAACUAACGUUUCCGCCUCAUCUCUCGCGUGCCGAGGGUUCCGUGGGUCGAUGUACACCUGAAUGAAAACAAAA